AUGGGAAAUUCAUUAGAUCAUUUAUUUAAAGGAAAAGAAAUUGAAGGAAAAAAAGUUGAAACAAAAUAUGGUCCAGUAAUAGGUAAAAGAAUAAUUAAUGAACAGAAUAAAGAAGUAGAUGCUUUUUUGGGUAUACCUUUUGCUAAACCACCUGUUGGUGAGUUACGAUUUAAGAAACCAAUUCAACCAGAUUGUUGGGAUGAACCACGAAAAUGUUUUAAAUUUGCUCCUAGAAGUAUACAAAAAGAUAUGUUUUUUUGGCAAAAGUAUAGUUUAAUGGAAACGAAUGAAGAUUGUUUGUAUCUUAAUGUUUUUGCACCUGUAGAAUGUUCAUUAUCAAAAUUUCCAAAAGGUUAUCCUGUAAUGGUAUUUAUUCAUGGUGGUGGUUUUUUUCAGAAAAAAAUUACAGGUGAUGAAAUUUGCCCCGGUAAUAAUGGACUUUGGGAUAUGACAUUAGCAUUAAAAUGGAUUCAAGGUAAUAUCUCAUUUUUUGGUGGUGAUAAAGAUAAUGUUACAAUUUUUGGACAAAGUGCCGGAGGAUGUGCUGUUGAAUUAUUAGCAUUAUCACCACAUUCCCAAAAUUUAUUUCAUAAAAUAAUUCCAAUGGGAGGAAAUUCACAAUCAAAACACGGUAUCUUUACCAGAGAUAGUGAACAAUUAUUAAAUGAAUUAAGAAAUUUGCAAGCUAAUAAAUUUGGUACAAGUUUACAAUUAGCAACUAAUGAUGUGUCAUCAUUAGCAAAACCAACAACUGAAAUUGGUCCUCGUAUUGAUGGUGAUUUUCUUCCUGAAUCUUUAGAAAUAUUACACAAAAAAUGUAAUCAUAAACCAAAAAUGAUUGGUGUUUGUGAAGCUGAAGGUUUAAUAUUCCAAUUAUUUAUGAAAACACAUAAUGUUGGUAAAUUAGAGGAUGUUAUUGCAAAUAUAAUUACUGAAACAGACUUUCCAAAUUUUAAAGAAUUACGAUCACAAGCUUUAAAAUUAUACAUGUCAGAGGAUUGUAGUAAUAAAUCAAAAGGAGAAUUUAAUAGACAAGUGGGAAAAUUUUUUUCUGACUUAUUUGUAGGAGUAGGAACAAAAGCAAGUGUUUUAAAUAGCAUAAAAAAUGGUGUUGAACCAUAUGUAUAUAUAUUUGAACACUAUAAUCCUAAACAAUUUGGUAUUUUAAAUUUAAAAUUACCAUAUAAAGCUGCAACACAUUGUUGGGAUAUUUCAUAUGUUGUUAAAGUUGGUAUUGUAGUAAAUUGGGAAUUUUCAAAAGAAGAUUUAAUUAUUGUUGAUUAUAUGACAACAUUUUGGACUAAUUUUGCAAAGUAUGGAAAUCCUAAUGGACUUAGUGAGUCUGAAAAUGUACCAGUAAAAUGGGAACCAGCAACAAAAAAUAAUCCUAAUAGAUGUUUAAGAAUAAAAUUAAAUCCAGAAAUGUCUGAAACAUUCUUUGACAACACUCCAGAUUUUUGGCUUGAAUUAGAAAAACACAAAAACCCUUUGAGAUAA